GAUCCUCAAUUACCGCGGGGAGAAUGCGCCUUCUUGCUUCCCGACUCCAAUGGCCGCGCCACUACCCGUCAGCGCUGCUCCUGUAGAAGCUUCUACCCGCCAGACGAUCGGGUCAAGUCGCUGUGUGGUUGCGGGCAUCAGGCCUGGCACCAUGAGGCCCAGCCGCUGCCUUCUGUCUCGGUCGAGGAACACCAGGGCGUGGUACAAGAGCUGCAGAGAAUGAGGCGCAAUCUUGCUGCACUCGAACAGAGAUUCGCCAUGGAAUGCAGGAGACAUGCCGACGUUGAGAGAACGUGGAACAGCCUGCAUGCGAGGCAGUACCAAAACAUGAAGCAUCUCAAGCUUGAUCUCGACGACAAGGUCGAAAGCGUGCUCGACAAGGCGACGGAGCAGCUGGACUCGGUCAAUCUGCUCUCGAAAAAGGUCGACAUGAUUGACGACCUGACAAUGGACCUGGAAAACCGCUUGGAGCGUUUGGAUCCCGGCGGUGGUGCUGCUGGUGCUGGUGCUGGUGCUGGUGCUGGUGCUGGUGCUGGUGCUGGUGCUGGCAGGCUGUCCAGAUCGCUCACUCCCGUCGUCGAGACGCCUCUGCUCGAGAGAAACGUCGAAGAGCCCAUGCCAGACAUCUGUCGCCAUCUGCCCAUACGCACCCAGAGAAGAACUGCUCCCUCCACCUGGUCCUGUCGCGUCAUCUUUAUCCCGCGACGCGCCCAGCGCUACGUUCCCGAGCACGACAGCCUGGCCACCCAGCGCUGUCUCUCGCGUGGCCUACAGCAGGAGAUUACCUUUUCAGGGACCGACAGUGCCUCGUUUGUCAACACCAUCGAAUCCGUCUUUCGCCAGUGCAUACGCGCUCGUUCGUGGAUGCCUCUGAUCGGCUAUCGUCCCGCAGACGAGCCGUUUGGCCGCAUCCUCUUGCACACCCUGCCCGACGAGCAGCUCGACCGGAACAAAUGGGACCACUCCUUCAUCGACAGCCAGUGCAUCGCACACGACAAGCUGCUGGGAGACUUGCUCUACAUUGCCCUCAUCAACGACGACCUCAGCUGGACCGAGAUCAAGUGGCUGCCUGCCGUCACCGGCGCAAACGAGGCCUGCUGGCAGCACGACGACGACCUGGACGGCCCUGCCAAGGCAAACUUCAAGAGCCUUGAUGAGCGGAUAAUGUACGACUACUCCUACGCCGACCCCCCGCCAUACUCUUCACGCACCCAGUCCGAGGCCAGCAAGCGCUUCUCCGGCCUCGACGUCCUGGCCAACCGCAGCCUGUCCGAAGCCAGCAUCUCGGCCCACAGCGUGUCUGGCGUGUCCGAACGCAGCCUCCCCAUAUCCUCGCUCGACUCCAUCAUGUCCGACGACGACCACCACCGCGACAAGAAGCCGCGUACAAAGGCCUCGUUGCCCUCCCUUGCCAAUGCCAGCUCCGGCUCCGGUUCGACCGCGCCGAGUCUCUACGUCUCCGGCCGCAGCAAGCGCAAGCUCUCCACCAACACAAAAGUCAAGGAGCCACUGCACAUUAACGUCUCCAGC